AUGUUUAUCAGUUUUGGGAGAGGAGGUUCAGCUUUCCAACGAGCAUCUUACCGUAUGUUUUGGUCGGGAAUGGGAAUAGUUAUGAUCGGAAUUGUACUAACGUGUCAAGACGCGUACAAGUGUGGGAAAUGGGGCGUGAGAAGCUUUUUUAGCGGUGGAAGUGGUAGCAGUGGGUCUCACCAAGGUAUAGGAGCAAAUGGGCCCGAUUUUAGCUUCAAAGCCGUUGUUGCUUGCCAGCCAAAAGACAGAUCAGAUGCGAUUUAUGCUAAACUGGACAAAUCCUCUCCUACUGGCGAGGACAAUUUCUUUAUGACCAUGAAUCGUGGCCAUGAGCUUUACGCGGGUGUUGCAGAUGGUGUAGGUGGCUGGGCAGAACAUGGUUACGAUUCCAGUGCGAUCAGUAGAGAAUUAUGUGGUACUAUGCGUGAAUUGGCCCAACACAAAAGUUUUGAUCCUCAGACACUUCUUGACGCUGCGUUUUCGCAUGUUAAACAAGCUGGAAUUGUGAAAGUUGGGGGAACAACGGCUCUGGUAGCCAAAUUAUCCCGCGACGGGAAACUCUCAGUUGCAAAUUUAGGUGAUUCCUGGUGUGGUGUUUUUCGUAAUGCCAAGCUGGUUUUCCAAACUAGAUAUCAGACGGUUGGUUUCAAUGCUCCGUACCAGCUGGCCAUCAUACCAGAUCAUAUGGUGAAAGAAGCGGCUCGAAAGGGUGGUUCGUAUAUUCAAAAUAAGCCCACAGAUGCAGAUGAAUACAAUUUCCAGCUACAGCAUGAGGAUAUAGUAGUGCUGGCCACUGAUGGGGUUACUGACAAUAUUGCUACGGGGGACAUGGAACUUUUUUUGAAAGAUCAUACUCGUACUUCGAAUUUACAAACUGUUUGCGACGAAAUUGUUGCACAAGUUGCCAAGUUGAGCAAAGACCCUCAAUUCCCAAGUGUGUUUUCCCAGGAGCUCUCGAAGCUCACGGGCAAACGCUACCUGGGAGGCAAAGAAGAUGACAUCACGAUGGUGGUAAUUAAAGUAAAGUGA